UGGAGCUGCGUCUAGUGCCCGAUUUGUUUCUAUUCAGCUUCCUAUUUCUCUUCAUUGCCCUUCUAAUUCCUAUUCCAUUCUAUUCCCAAUUCCUAAUCUAAUUCCUAUUCUAUCCUUAUCCCAUUCUAUAUUCAAUAGCUUUGAAUUCCUAAUUUCCCCCUGUAGAUGCAGAUAAGUAGAUGCAAUUUUCCCAUUCCGUCUCGGUGCUUGCUUUGAGCCUUCGGCUUUUUCCUCUGGGUGACGCGGGCAAUCCUGCCUUCACCCGGGCUGGGGAUUUUGGGAUUGCUCGGUCCCGCCCCCUCCCCGCCCGGCUUUCAGCGAAGGGUUUAAAGGCAGAGAGAUUUUUCCUUUGCGCCUAGAGAGGAGGCAGGAAAGGAGGGCUGGGAUCCCAGUUUCCUGUCCUCUCCCGCCUCUUCCCCCACCCACCCCCGUCUCCCGCCGUUUGCUACGCCAGGACUGCGGAGAUCCCCUCGCGGGGAGGGGCGCCAGAUGAAGAGGAUGUCCAGAAGACCAUCCUGAGCAAGUGAGAAUCAGAAACACCAUUAAAAAGGAAAACAAAUCCAGCCAGCAAUCAAAGUUUUCCCCCCACUUCCUCCGGAAAACCACAAAACUCUUCUCCUCCCGAAGACAGGGGAGAGACAAAAGAGAGAAUAACAGAAAGAGAAUUUUCAGCUGGAAAUAAUUGAGUCUGUGAAACUCACUGAAACACUUCAUGAAAAGGUCAAGGUCAGGAUCAUUUCCAAAUCCCAAAUAAUCUGGAAAUCCGGAAUGGAAGAGGUCACUUGGAUAGGCCCAUAGGGCAGACAGUCAUGCAAGCCACAUCAUGUGAAGUAAGAAAGAGUAGCUUGAAUAAAAGCACCAUCGAAGAAGGGAUCACAAAUAUUUUGGACCUUGAGAAUCCAAAAAUGUAAGUGAAGGAAACACCCCUGUAAAAAUUUCAGAUCAAAGCUGAUUAUGCAUGAGAGGAUCCAAACUGGAGAAAAGUCUGCCCAGUGCCAUCACUGUGGCAAAAGCUUCAGAAAGCAGGCCAACCUAAGGAUGCACCAGAGGACCCACACAGGGGAGCAACCAUAUGAGUGUCUGGAGUGUGGGAAAAGAUUCAGUCAAAAUUCCCAUCUGGUGAGCCACCAUAGGAUUCACACUGGGGAGAAACCAUAUGAGUGUCUGUAUUGUGGGAAAAGUUACAGUAGCAAUUCCCAUCUGGUGAGCCACCAGAGGACUCACACUGGGGAGAAACCAUAUGAGUGUCUGGAUUGUGGGAAAAGAUUCAGUCAAAAUUCCAAUCUGGUGAAACACCAGAGGAUUCACACUGGGGAGAAACCAUAUGAGUGUCUGGAUUGUGGGAAAAAUUUCAGUCAUUAUUCCAGCCUGGUGAUACACCAGAGGUCUCACACAGGAGAGAAACCAUAUGAAUGCCCGGAUUGUGGGAAAAGUUUCAGUAAUGAUUCCAGUUUGAUGAGGCACCAGAGGACUCACACAGGAGAGAAACCAUAUGAAUGUCUGGAUUGUGGGGAAAAAUUCAGUCAAAAUUGCCAACUGGUGAACCACCAUAGGACUCAUACUGGGCAGAAACCGUAUGAGUGCCCGGAUUGUGGGAAAAGUUUCAGUCACAAUUCCAAUCUGGUGGUACAUCAGAGGAGUCACACAGGGGAAAAACCAUAUGAGUGUCUGGAUUGUGGGAAAAAAUUCAGUCAUAAUUCCCAUCUGGUGCGCCACCGUAGGAUUCACACUGGGGAGAAACCGUAUGAGUGCCCGGAUUGUGGGAAAAGUUUCAGUCAUGAUUCCAGCUUGAUGGAACACCAGAGGACUCACACAGGAGAGAAACCAUAUGAAUGUCUGAAUUGUGGGAAAAAAUUCAGUCAAAAUUACCAUCUGGUGAGCCACCAUAGGACUCACACUGGGGAGAAACCAUAUGAAUGUCUGGAUUGUGGGAAAAGAUUCAGUCGGAAUUCCCAUCUGGUGAUACAUCAGAGGACUCACACUGGGGAGAAACCAUAUGAGUGUCCGGAUUGUGGGAAAAGUUUUAUUGCUAGGUAUAAACUUAUCAGUCAUGUAAGGAUUCACACUGGGGAGAAACCAUAUGAGUGUCUGGAUUGUGGGAAAAGUUUCAGUCAUAAUUCCAGCCUGGUGAUACACCAGAGGACACACACAGGAGAGAAACCGUAUGAAUGUCCUAAUUGUGGGAAAAGAUUCAGUACGAAUUCCCAACUGGUGAGCCACCAUAGGACUCACACUGGGCAGAAACCGUAUGAGUGCCCGGAUUGUGGGAAAAGUUUCAGUCAUUUCUCUGGCCUGAUGAAUCACCAGCCGACUCACACAGGGGAGAAACCAUAUGAGUGUCUGGAUUGUGGGAAAAGAUUCAGUCAUAAUUUCCAUCUGGUGAGCCACCAAAGGAUUCACACUGGGGAGAAACCAUAUGAAUGUCUGGAGUGUGGGAAACGAUUCAGUCACAAUUCCACUCUGCUGCGCCACCAGAGGACUCACACUGGGGUGAAACCGUAUGAGUGUCCUAAUUGUGGGAAAAGUUUCUGUUUGAAUUCUGACCUGGUGGUACAUCAGAGGACUCACACUGGGGAGAAACCAUAUGAGUGUCUGGAUUGUGGGAAAAAAUUCAGUCAGAAUUCCCAUCUGGCGCGCCACCGUAGGACUCACACUGGGGAGAAACCGUAUGAAUGUCCUAAUUGUGGGAAAAGAUUCAGUAGGAAUUCCCAACUGGUGAGCCACCAGAGUAGUCACACAGGAGAGAAACCAUAUGAAUGUCUGGAGUGUGGGAAAAAAUUCAAUCAAAAUUCCUCUCUGCUACGCCACCAGAGGACUCACACUGGGGUGAAACUGUAUGAAUGUCCUAAUUGUGGGAAAAGUUUCUGUUCGAAUUCCGGCCUGGUGGUACAUCAGAGGACUCACACUGGGGAGAAACCAUAUGAGUGCCCGGAUUGUGGGAAAAGUUUCAGUCACAAUUCCGAUCUGGUGAGCCACCAGAGGACUCACACUGGGGAGAAACCGUAUGAAUGUCCUAAUUGUGGGAAAAGAUUCCGUACGAAUUCCCAACUGGUGUGCCACCAGAGGAUACACACAGGAGAGAAACCAUAUGAGUGCCCGGAUUGUGGGAAAAGUUUCAGUCAAUUCUCCGGCCUGAUGAAUCACCAGCCGACUCACACAGGGGAGAAACCAUAUGAGUGUCUGGAGUGUGGGAAAAAAUUCAGUCAAAAUUCCUAUCUGGUGAUGCAUCAGAGGACUCACACAGGAGAGAAACCGUAUGAAUGUCUUAAUUGUGGGAAAAGAUUCAGUCAGAAUUCCCAACUGGUGGUACAUCAGAGGACACACACAGGAGAGAAACCAUAUGAGUGCCCGGAUUGUGGGAAAAGUUUCAGUCAAUUCUCCGGCUUGAUGAAUCACCAGCCGACUCACACAGGGGAGAAACCAUAUGAGUGUCUGGAGUGUGGGAAAAAAUUCAGUCAAAAUUCCUCUCUGGUGAUGCAUCAGAGGACACACACAGGAGAGAAACCAUAUGAGUGCCCGGAUUGUGGGAAAAGUUUCAGUCAAUUCUCCGGCUUGAUGAAUCACCAGCCGACUCACACAGGGGAGAAACCAUAUGAGUGUCUGGAUUGUGGGAAAAGAUUCAGUCGGAAUUCCCAUUUGGUGGUACACCAGAGGACUCACACAGGAGAGAAACCAUAUGAACGUCUGGAUUGUGGGAAAAAAUUCAGUCAAAAUUACCAUCUGGUGAGCCACCAUAGGACUCACACUGGGCAGGAACCGUAUGAGUGCCCCGAUUGUGGGAAAAGUUUCAGUCACAAUUCCUAUCUGGUGAUACAUCAGAGGACACACACGGGAAAACCAUAUGAGUGUCUGGAUUGUGGGGAAAAAUUCAGUAACAAUUCCCAUCUGGUGAGCCACCAUAGGAUUCACACUGGGGAGAAACCGUAUUAGUGCCCGGAUUGUGGGAAAAGUUUCAGUCAUGAUUCCAGCUUGAUGGAACACCAGAGGACUCACACAGGAGAAAAACCAUAUGAAUUUCUGAAUUGUGGGAAAAAAUUCAGUCAGAAUUCCUUUCUAGUGAUGCAUCAGAGGACUCACACAGGGGAGAAACCAUAUGAGUGUCCGGAUUGUGGGAAAAGUUUUAGUGCUAGGUCUAAACUUAUCAAUCAUGUAAGUUUACACAUAGGAGAGAAACUUUUGAAAUGUCCAGAGUGUGGACGGUGCUUCACGCAAAAUUCCUCCCUUACUGCAGACAAGAAAAUUCACGUGAAGCAGACGGUGAUGACUGUAGGGAAGGCUUGAAUUUAAUUUCUGAGCUGCCUAUAAAAAUAUGGUUGAGAAGUUAACUCUUUAAUUUCUGUCCUUGGUUCAGUUAGUCAAAUGUGCUUCAGUAUUAGAGAUGAGGGAGAAAAGAAAAUUUAAUAAAGUCUAAUUUCCCAUAGCUGACUAUCAGCAGAAAUUAAUGGACAUUCACUGGUAGAGAAAUAGCGCAAUUCUGCAAAAAAUACUUUUAGGAUGGGUUUUUUUGCAUACUGAUCUUCGUAAAUCAUAGAAAUGCCCAGGCAGAGUUUCAGCCUUCUACCUAUGUGUCUUUCUCACUUUGAGCCCAAUAAUUCUUCAGCUGGAAGGUCUUUUAAAAAAAAUGUGGAAGUCAGAAUGUUUCUCCGAGGCUCCAAAAAUCUGCUAGAGAUCCGAAAAAGUACAUUACAGAAUAAUGUUGGAAGGGAUCUUGGAGAUCUUCUAGUCCAACCCCCUGCUCAAACGGAAGACUUUGUCCCAUCGAUCCUCAAACUACGGCCUGCAGGCAGGAUACGGCCCACCGAUGCAGAGUAUCCAACCGGCGGAGUGAUGGGUUUCAUCCCCGCCCCUCAUUGGCCUUAUCUUCCAGCUAGCAUCCACACCAUCUGCACGUCUGGUGAGUUAUUUCGCCGGUUGAGCUGCACUUCUGAUCACACCGCUGAUGCUGAAAGUGAGGCCAAAGGGUGCAGGGGAGGGCCAGAUGGCUGAGGGGUGAUCUCACCAAUGCAGCCACACGUGAUCCAAGGCCGGUGGGUGAGUAGGGGAGAGGCUGCUGCUGGCUUGAAAAGCAGCUAUCAGCUUGUAGUACUUUAAAAUUCUUUUAAAAUGCUUUAAAAACAGUUUUUCAGGACGUUUUUCAUAGCCAUAUGAUCCAGGGCUGGUGGAUGAAUAGGGGAAGGGCAAGUACAGCAAGGACAAAGGCAAAACGGACUGCUAAAUUGGCCACGCCCACCCAUCCCCAUGACCACCCAGCUGGUCCCCCAGUCUGAGGGACCGUGAAUUGGCCCCCUGUUUAAAAGUUUAAGGACCCCUGCCCUAUACCACUC